AUGUCAAAAUCAGCAAUUUCAAGUAGGAUACCUUACUUCGGAAUUAGUAAUUAUGACACUCCAAGUUCACUUGAAAACGAAAUGGAGGCAAGUAGGCACACCGCAACCCACUCGACUUCGAAAAAGGCCAACAUUGCAAUUCAUGAAGAUCAAAUUGAAUUUAAUAGGCAUUCAAGAGAAUUAAUACUCUCGGAGGUGAAGAAAGCGAAAAAAUCCGAUGAUGACAAUGUGUUAGUGAUAUGCAGCUCAAGUGGAAACGACGCAGCCCUAUUCACUCUUCGAUUUGAUACUAAAGAGGAAAUUUCUAAGGUCUUAGAGUUUCUGAAAAGUUAUGCCAAAUCGUCUCCUGGAAUUUCUUUUCCUUUAAAUCCUGAAAGAAACGACACAAUAUCGAAUUCAAAUGCAUCAGUCUCAUUAACUCGCCUUCCAAAGAGCCGAGCACGAUCUAAUUCAAACAGGGGAAACAUUUCCCAAAAUUCUCGAAGCAAUGGAACAAAUUCGAUCGAAUUUCAAAAACCUAGAAUUUCUACUAAUAAAUCGAGUUUCUUUCAUACAAGUAGAGGAGAAAGAUCAUUUGAAAUCCAAAAAUCAUUUGAGAAUAGCAAGUACAGGAAUCGAUCUAGCAGUUCAAAAUCGAUAGAAAUAACCACUCCUCCAGCAGAAAUCCAAAUUAAGAGAGAGACUCCAAAGAAAUCAUUUGAUACCAGUAGUUCAAAAAUAUCCUCAUCCACUUCAACUCUCAACUGGGCAGAACGUGUUCCAACACGUCAAAAGAAAUUCUCUGCCGAUUCAGUUAAUCAAUUUGUUUCGGGUAAGAAGGAGAUCCCGAGGCCUAUCAAAGUGACCGUUGAAAGCAGGCAUGACCAUCCUCGACGAGGAAGUACGUCAUCCUCCUCAACUUGUGGUUUGAGUAUGAAAACGAGUAUGAAGAGAAGCAAAGAUGCAACUCAAGGUCUACCAAGGUAUAGAGUAAUAGAUAGCACACAGGACAGCCGCCACGAUGAUGACAUUGGCAACCUCACCGAAACCAGUGGAUAUUGUGAAGAUACCAUAGGCAGGUCCUUACCAGUUCACUGCAUUCCUGACCUCAAGGUUGUGUUUCCGGUGUGCUGCAAGAUUUGCUGCGGAAGUAUUGAGAAGCAGCAUGCAUGUAUACCGAUGAAGGCCAUACGCAGUUACUGUCAUUGUUGA